UGACGUCACGUGACGUAGCUCCCGGGAGUCUCGCGGUGACAGCUCAGCUCAUCGAUAGAAAAGAAAGGAUUUGGAAAUGGAGAUGGCAGAAAAGACCGUUCUUUAGACGACUAAAGAUACACUUAGCCAUGUCAGAAUCUCUUUAUGAGAAGUUUUUGGCCCCAGAGGAGCCUUUCCCUCUCCUCUCACAGAGAGCCAAUCUCAGUGAUGUGGGGACCCUGGAUGUCAGCGAUUUUGGAUGUCAGCUGUCCUCUUGUCACAGGACAGAUCCUCUGCACCGUUUCCACAGUAACAGGUGGAACCUGACUUCCUGUGGGACCAGUGUUGCCAGUUCAGAGUGCAGUGAGGAGCUCUUCUCCUCCGUGUCUGUCGGAGAUCAGGAUGACUGUUACUCCCUUUUGGAUGAUCAGGAGCUGACAUCGCUGGACUUGUUUCCAGAGGGUAGUGUUUGCAGUGAUGUUUCCUCUUCCAUCAGCACCUACUGGGACUGGUCUGACAGCGAGUUUGAGUGGCAGUUGCCAGGCAGUGACAUAGCCAGUGGCAGUGAUGUCCUUUCUGACAUCAUUCCAAGUGUGCCAAGUUCACCCUGUCUGUUUUCCAAGAGGAAGCCCAAGCCCCACCCCCACCGCAACCUGGACGAGCUGCCAUGGAGUGCCAUGACCAACGACGAGCAAGUGGAAUACAUUGAGUACCUGAGUCGGAAGGUCAGCACAGAGAUGGGCCUCAGAGAACAACUGGACAUCAUUAAGAUCAUCGACCCCUGUGCUCAGAUCUCCCCCACUGACAGCGAGUUCAUCAUAGAACUCAACUGUCUCACUGAUGAGAAACUCAAGCAGGUGAGAAACUACAUCAGAGAGCACAGCCCGAGGCAGAGGGCCAGCAGCACCAGAGAGGGCUGGAAGAGGAGCAGUCACAGCAGCGCCAGCACUGGAGGAGUCAGUGGAGCCAGCAGCAGCAACGCCAGCAUGGUCAGCUCAGCCAGCUCCUCCACCAGCUCCACAGCAUCCAACUCUGUGGCUGGGGCUACUGCUUCAGCCUGCAGUGGAAGCAGUGUUGCCAACAUAAGCAGAGCUCACAGUGAUGGAAACCUCUCCAGUGCUGCAGAACGCAUACGAGACUCCAAAAAACGUUCAAAACAGCGUAAACUUCAGCAGAAAGCCCUUCGGAAGCGACAGCUCAAAGAGCAACGGCAGGCCCGCAAGGAGCGUCUGAGCGGACUGUUUCUGAACGAGGAGGUGCUGUCGCUGCGGGUGACGGAGGAGGACGACCACGGAGACGACCUGGACAUACUGAUGUGACACCAGUGAACCAAUCAGUGCUCCCUCUACGCCUGCUCUCUCACCGCCAAGCCGCUGCCAUAGAGCAUCCAGACCGCACUAACCCAUUCACCCAACCACACAACUGCAUGUUUUAGCUUUGAGUCGUGGCUCGUAGUAACGCAUUUUUUAAGAUGGACGUCUGAUGCCAGUAGCUUCUAGCAUAGCUUGAGAUACAUUUAAAGUAGUGGUGCUGGUGUCCAAACAUAUAGCUGCUCUUGUCUAGUUAGCUCUGCUAGUCGAGCUCCGGUAGCCCUGCUGAAAUACUGCGAAUACUUUGAUAGUACUGACUUCUGUUUUUGUUUGCGUUUAGAUGGUGCUAAUGCAUUACAGCCUAGAAGCUUCAGAUGUGCAUUCACAUCCACCUCUAAUGUCAGAUACUUGAGCUCAGUGUAAAGAGCAUAAAGCUGCUUCUACAUGUGACCGCUUAUGUCCGCUGCUACUAAUAACAGCCUUCAGCUGCAGAAGGACAGAUCAGGCACCAGACCAUGGAGUUAGGCCACUCUCCACAGCCCCUCUGCAGUUCAUUCACAACUAUCAAAUCAUCAUUUCUUUACUAUUUAAACUGUUGAAGAAGCAAGAAGUCAUAGUCAUACAGGUUGCUUCUAGUGACAGCGUACUAAAAAAAAAUGGUGAGUAUAGACAUUUUCUUUGUAAAGCUAAGUGUUCUUAAUGAAGUAUCUUCGCCAUUCGGAAAGCUCCUAAGGUGACAGAGGAGUAGUUUAGAGGAUGACAAAAAAGGAGAAAGUGGCAGGAAGAGAGAAAUGACAAAUUCACUGAAUGACUUUGGUAAAAACUGAUGAGACGGUGCUCAUACACCAACAUGCAGGAGCAUAACUGAAUGUCCCAUGUGCAAUAUUUAGAGGUUUAAUCGAAGAAAUUUAAUGAUCGUGUGUAAUUACCAGAAAACGACAACUAUUGUGUUUGUUAUGUAACUGUUUUGUGGUGGUCACCAUAGCGGAGGGUGUUGCUUAGAUGUAAAUAUUAGACGGUAAUACAACAAUAAGGGAUUGGAACCGACGACGUGCAUUUCUGUCGUCAGAUGGGUUUGUGGCCCAGUCCUGCACCUCACGGCUGUGUCCAGUUGUGCUCAUCAGUUAAACGGCAGCACAUCCACAGACCCUGAACCCUGCAGGGCUACACACAGCACCGUCAGCGGGUUUCUGUUCUGUUUUUGUAUGAAGACGAGAAGAGCUCCACAGAUGUUCUAGGUGCAGAAGUAGAGGUGGGAGGCCGUGAAGUGAGCCGGUCUGUCGUUCUGUCGCUGAGCGUUGUGCUCUCAUUUCACUCUUUAAGGCUUAGAGGGAGCACUGAAACACUGCAUGUUUUCAACUGUCACCUACACCACCGCCUGUGGUCCGACGACUAACAACUGACAUUAACUACUAGAGUCUGUGUUGUAAAUAAAAGAUGAAUAAACAUUUACUGCUUGCUUUCAGGUUUGCCCUGGUGAUAAAGGUUUGAUUUCCAGCUUUUCCUCUGUGUUUGUAUAAUAGACAAAAAGAAAAGUCACCUGACCCGUCUGGAAAAUGCCACUGGUUCUUUUCUCAGUGUGUUGAACGAUUCUUUUAAUGUCUUGUUUAAGUUUUGUCUUACUGUUUUUUUUCUGUUACCACUCCAACGUUUUUCAUGUAUGUAUCUGUUUUGGAUUGAUUCGACUGAAUUUGGUGAAAUUGUACUAGCAGAUUUUCCUUUGCCCUUCGUGUCUGCCCACGUACUGGCUGUACUGGCUGUACUGGUUGUACUGGGGUUCAGUGCUGAACUCCAGCUGAACUUGAUUUCAGAUUUGUAGCAGUAGUGACGGUAGUAUUUUCUUUCCUGUUUAACUUUUUUUUUUUUAUGAAAUGAACCACUGCUUUGUAAAUGCUCCCUGUGGACUGAGCUCAGGCUCUCAUCUUUAUCCCUUGUAUAAAGUUCUUAAUUGCAGCAAGUAUGUUAAAAUCUGCUUUGUGUAUUCUGUAGUAAUUAACUAGUAAAGCUCUAUUUUGGGAAAUAAGACAAUUUUGAAAAAAAUAAAAUUAAACAGGCCUCCUUGUUAUGCAACAACUUGUUUUUUGUAAAUAAGAUGCCAUGUAAUUGCUGAAAAUAAAUUGUAUUAAACAUGAUGAAGUUGA